GGAAAAUGAGAAAGGGCUCCUCCGACAGAAGGGAUUGAACGAAUCCAACACGUGAGAACAGACACGUUACGUUAGGCUUUGGCUCCAAUCACGAUUUGCGCGGCUAUCUUUCAAACUCCACCCAACCAACGGUCCAGAUCCGGUCUACUCCGCCCCACCAGACUUGCUCGAUCUUUAAUCCCCACCUUCCCUAUUUAUCUUCCCCUUCGUUCCCUCAUCACGCCUCUCGCUCCCCCCCCCCCCCCCACCCAUCUCUCUCUGAAAUCUGCUCAACUUCUCCCUCCCCUUGUUCUUGAUUUCUUCGAUCUCUGUCUCCCACUCAACAAUGUCGACGGAGAAGGAAAGAGAGACCCAUGUUUACCUGGCAAAGCUCGCCGAGCAGGCCGAGCGAUACGAAGAAAUGGUUGAGAGUAUGAAAAGUGUUGCGAAACUGGAUGUUGAACUGAGUGUGGAGGAGAGGAACUUGCUCUCUGUGGGCUACAAAAAUGUUAUAGGUGCUCGCCGUGCCUCUUGGCGCAUUAUGUCUUCCAUUGAACAGAAGGAAGAGUCGAAAGGCAAUGAGCAGAAUGUCAAACUUAUCAAGGGUUACCGUCAAAAAGUAGAGGAGGAGCUCACAAAGAUUUGCAAUGAUAUUUUGACUAUCAUAGACCAGCACCUGAUCCCCUCUUCCAAGUCAGGGGAAGCAACUGUUUUCUACUACAAGAUGAAAGGUGAUUAUUAUCGGUAUCUCGCUGAGUUUAAGACUGACCAGGAGAGGAAAGAAGCAGCAGAACAGUCUUUGAAAGGCUAUGAGGCUGCAUCAGCCACUGCAAACACAGAUCUCCCAUCAACCCACCCAAUCCGUCUUGGUCUUGCUCUCAAUUUCUCUGUCUUCUACUAUGAGAUAAUGAACUCCCCUGAAAGGGCCUGCCAUCUGGCUAAACAAGCUUUUGAUGAGGCAAUUGCAGAGUUGGACACCUUGAGCGAGGAGUCAUACAAGGACAGCACCCUGAUCAUGCAGUUAUUGAGAGACAACCUCACUCUCUGGACCUCGGAUUUGCCUGAAGAUGGAGGUGAAGACAACUUCAAAGCUGAAGAAUCCAAAGCUCCCGAGACCGAGGUAAUAUUUUAACAUCUUCUCUGCUAAGUUGCCCCUCUUUUAUCUUUCUUCUUUUGUUCUGCUAUUUUAUGAAAUAUUAAACUACACUUUGUUUGCAGCACUGACUGGGGUGCCCGAAAUUUCUUCAUACGGCAUUUCUGAUGUAACACUGCUUCGUGAGGUGACAUUUUUCCCAGGUUUUCUCAUGAGGAGAUUGGAUGGAAAAGUUCAAGCAUUUUUCAAUGAAUUGGUCUUUCCCUGUUCCGUUAGAAGCAAGAAGAUAAGAUUGUUCAAUCCAGCUGCCUUAUUUUUGUUUUUCUGGUUUCUGUUUUAGUUUGUUUCUAUUGUUUUCCCAUUUCUUUGCCUCUUGUUCUUCCAACACAAACUCAUCCAAACCAAUGGAUAUCUUUCUAUAUUACGUUCACUUUUUUAAUGUUGUAA